GCCCCCAAAAAGCAUCCACCAUCCAGUCCCCCUUUCCCCCACUUUUUUUCUUUAUCCCUUGAUUCCAUCCUUUAUUUCUCCCCCCUCCUUUCUUAUCCUUCCACAAGCUUCUCUCACUCGCAGUCCUGAAGGAGAACUCAGCUCGGUGCUGUGAUUUCUCUCUGUUCUGAGGGUGCUGUUUGUGCCCUGAACCAGAGAUUUUUUUCUUUUCUAUAACCCUUAUCCACACAGCCAUGCGAGGGCAGAGUCUUCUGUUCACCUUUUCCCUCCUCUUCCUCCUCCUAACAUUUUCUGAGGCAAAAAAGAAAUCCAAGCAACCAUCAGAUGCAGUAGCUGGAUCAGAAAGUACGGCCAUAAAUCCCUUGCUGGGGUCAGGUCAACUAAGCACUAAGGAUGGGCACCGCUGCACCUGGGAGACGCUAGAGAGAGGAGCUAACAUCCUGCUCCAGGUGAGCUGCUCUGCCCCUGCGGAGGAGGGGCUCAGACCUCCCUACACAUGCCAGUUUGCUGGAAAACCUCAGGAAUGCUCCGUGUACAGCACCCAGUCCUCCCAGUACUGGAAACAAGUGGUGAGCAAAUUGAAGAAGCGAAAGAACGCUUGCGAGGGGGAGAAAGUCCUGAAAACACGCCUGUGUAAGAAAGCGCCCAGCGCAUCUCACAUGAAACUCACAGAGAGAAGCGGAGAAGAGACGACCACACACAUUAGCGAUGGAAAGCAAGAAGAGAGCAAGCUCAAAACAGAGGCGCCCGUGAGGAAAGAAAAAGAAGUACAGAAAGAGAAGGAAGAGGAGGUGAAGAAAGAAGAGGAUGAGGGGUUCGGAGAAGUACUGAAUGAUGGAGUCUCAGACAUGGAGCCUGCUGUGAGCUACUGCGGAGAGGGAUGGCAUUCUGUAUGCAGCUUUUUUGUCAAGUUUUUUGAUGGUUAAAAAAGAGAAACAUCUGCUAACAAUGCUUUUUUAGGACCCAGUGGAGGAUAAGAAUGUUGUUGCAUGAGAAAAAGAUGGAAAGACAAAAAAAAAAAAGACUUACCAGCUAGUCUGCACCCUGAAAACAUCAUGGAUAAACAGAGCCUUGUUGUGAAGAGGAAGACAAAUAGAAAAAGUAAUUAAUGUGUAAUAUUUAACAAACACACUAAUCACAUUGCUUAUCAUCUUAAACAAAAUGUAUUACUUGUGUAUAUUGUAACUAAACCUGUAGAUAUGACUAAUUGCAAUUUGUAUUACACACAUGACCUUUGACUUUUUAUUCAUUAUGAAAAUUGGUGUAUAUGAUUUUUGCAAAUAAUACUCAAAUCAAAUAAAACCAAAUUUAAUUA